AUGAGUUUCAUCCGUCCCGCGACCCCAGGUUUUCUGGUCACUCUUGUUGCAACUGGCCUCCUUGCCGUCGUCACUUUCUCCGUUCCAUAUAUCAAGUCCAUCUUCUUCCUGAAGGCCUCCCUCAGUGUUGAAAACAUAAAUGGAUCUAUUACCUUUGGCACUCUGGGCUAUUGCUUGAACCUAUCCAACGGCACAACAUGUUCAAAACCCUCGGUGGGCUACGAGCUCAACGUGAACGCUCUGCUCGGAGACGAUCUUCCCAUUCAAAUUCCCAACGUUCUUGUCAAAUGGGUCACUUAUGCCCUCGUCCUACACAUCGUUGCCCUCGUACUUGCUGCUCUCUCAGCCUUCUUCGGCCUCCUCGCGCACGUUCGCGAGGUGUCCAUGGCCUACUGCAGCUCCUUCAUCUCUGGCUUUGCGGCCGCUGUCGCCAUGGUAGCCUUUAUAUUUGACCUCGUCCUCUUCUUCGUCACCAAGUCGCGUAUCAACGCUGUGAAGGGCGGUUCGGCGAGCAUGGGUAUCGGCAUCUGGCUCACUCUUGCCGCCUGGAUCCUGCUCUUCUUUGCUGGCUGCUUCUACGGGAUCGGUCGCUGCUGCAUUCGCAGGCGGCCCGACCGUUUCUCCCGCAAUGGCCCGUCGGGCGAUAAUGGCUAUGGGGAACAGAUGCGUCUUGAUGCCGUCAAGGCUGAGGCGGACCGCAAGGCACGCCAAAAGCAGGGCGAGAUCGGUCUCCCAGCCUUCCAGGAACUCGAGCAGAUGCAGCCCCUCACGCGUGCGGCCGAUGAGGACUACGUCGAGGACGGAGACAAGAUCGUCCCACUGGGCGAGGUGCAGAACGCAGGCGUGGGCACGUACCGUCGCCAGCCCAGCCAGACGCGCGCGCAGUUCCCUGGAGGGUACUCCCAGGCACCUCCCGGCACUCGCGCGGUUGACGCAUAUUACAACCCGAAUACAUCGCCAGCACUCUCGAGCAUCUAUCCUCCGCAGUCACCACCACAGACCCAGCGCAGACAGGGCAGCGGGCACACGCAGGAUGGCUCGGGCUAUGCCGCGUCCGCGUACUCGCACGGGGGUAAUGCAGCGGGUGUGGGCACUGGUGCGGCGGCGGCGGCAGCGGCAGGCGCAGCCACUGGCCAAUACCUCUCGUCUGCGUACGGACAUGCGCAGCAGCCAACGGCUGCGACGGAUGCGUACGGGCACACCGCCGGCGGAUCUUCAUACUACAACCGCGCGCCAUCGCAUCAGCAGUACGCCAGCAACUACUCCAUGCCUGCGCCCACGCCGCAAGCGUUCGACGAGAAUACGUACAACGCAUCAGGCUAUAUGCACGCGGUGGGCACGUCCUCGUCCUCCGCCGCGCAGAACCCAUACUAUGGCCGCGCUGCGCCGCAGGACCGCAGCUAUACGCUUGGCGGGGGCGCAGCGUACGCAGGCAACGAUGCGGCGUACUACGACCCGUACGCCGCGUCGUCACAUAACCCGACGCCGGCGCCGAUAAACACACAGGUGUCCGCGGGCGGCGCGCACGCGCAGUCCCCGACACACCUGGUCGAGUCGCCUCUGGAGGGCAUCCCGGAGGGGGAGCACCAGUACGCGGACAGCCCGCCGAUGUACGACGCUGCGACGGCGCAGCCGCCGGGGAUGUGGGCGACGAAGCAUUGA